ACGCUCGUUUCCUUUUUCCCCUUAAUCACAGUCUCUCUCGUUCGUUCGCCGGAGUUUUCGUCUCGCCGGAGUGUCGAUUUCUUCCUACUUACUAGGAACUAUGAACUCUCCUGACCUAGAUGAGCAAUUAGACGGCGACGUAUACAGUAACUUGCCUUCUCGAAACGAUUCUUCAACAGGGAGGAGAAAUCGAAGCUCGGGUAGAUCGAAACAUUCAGAGACAGAGCAACGAAGAAGAAGCAAAAUCAAUGAAAGGUUUCAGAGUUUAAUGGAGAUUAUACCUCAGAAUCAGAAUGAUCAGAAACGAGAUAAAGCUUCUUUCUUAUUAGAGGUUAUAGAGUAUAUUCACUUUCUUCAAGAAAAAGUUCAGAUGUAUGAAGGUUCUCAACAAUUGUGGUGUCAAACCCCAACCAAAUUGAUUCCUUGGAGAAAUAGUCAUGGGUCUGUUGUUGAGAUUGGUGACCAUCCUCAAAUCGUUUCAAGUUAUGAUAAAGUUGCUGCUUCCUCUGGUUUGCUCUUAGAUAUGCAAAAUUCUUUGGAUUCUGAUAUCGACUCAGCAGUUAGUACCAAGAUUCUUGAACACAGUCCUACUUCAGCAGUUUCAUGUUAUGUACCUACCGAGCCUUUUUCGCAGUUUGUUCAGCAUGACUUUUGGCAGCCAAAACCAAGCUGUGGAUCAAUUACUUGUAAUACAAAUGAAUUGGUAAACUCGGACGAAAAAACAUCACCCAGCUUGUCCACUGUCUGUUCACAAAGGGUACUACACACACUGACUGAAGCGUUUAAGUCAUCUGGUGUCAACAUGUCAGAGACUGUGAUUUCUGUGCAGUUAAGCCUUCGGAAAAGAGCAGAUCGAGAGUAUUCUGUUACUGCUUUUGCUUCUGAGGAUAAGUGUGAUAGAAUCGCGGAUGAAGAAGGGAAUUCUCCUACUGAAACGAGAAGCUACUACAAAGACCUAAGUAAUUCUCCGAAGAGAAUAAGACAAUAAAAAACCUGGUUUUCUAGUUUCAACUUUAUUACUGUUUGAUAAUUUUGUUAUCAGCUAGUAGGGUUCAAUUCUUUUUAAGGUAUCAGUAGGUUUAGACUGGUGUAUUUAGUUGUGAUCUGCUACUUCUGUCAAACUGCAACUAUUCCCAUGAUAUAGUAAUGACUAAGCAGAAAAUAAGAGAUGUAGCAACUUUCAGAAAUCCAUAAGCAGAGAUUUCUCCGUUUAAUAGCAUAUUUUCAAGUCUCUUA